UCCAGCCACAGCCGAAAUAGGCCCCGCAUUUGUUGUUCUUCGAGGUCGACGCAGGGCAGCUGUUGUUCGACACCGAGUGCUGGAUCGACCCCCCUUCCGGUACAGUAGUCCUCGUUGUUAUCGUUUUUUGGACAUCGCGGGUUUUGACUGUGUGUUGGAAGUGUAUUGAGUUUGGACCACAGGUGUUUGAGCCCCAGUGGUUUUAACCAUUAUCUUGGUGUUCGGUGUGCUUAAACUCUCUGCUGUCGACACGGAGUUUUGUGGUUUUACUUCUCGGAGUGUUAAGCGCUCACGAAACCGGAAGGGGUCUGUCUUGAGUAAAGUCGGUUAAAGAUGGGGGGAGGUUUCCGUGUCCUGCACUUGGUUCGACCAUUUCUGUCAGUUUUGCCUGAGGUUCAGACUGCAGAGCGGAGGGUUCCUUUUAGGGAGAAGGUUAUGUACACGGUAGUAUCCCUUUUUAUCUUUCUUGUUUGCAGUCAGCUGCCUUUGUAUGGUAUCCAUUCAGCCACUGGAUCAGAUCCAUUCUACUGGAUGAGAGUUAUCCUUGCUUCCAACCGAGGAACCGUGAUGGAGCUGGGUAUCACACCCAUUGUUACGUCAGGGCUCGUUAUGCAACUUUUGGCUGGAUCGAAGCUCAUUGAGGUUGACAACAGUGUUAGGGAGGACAGAGCCCUCUUGAAUGGUGCUCAGAAGCUCCUUGGUGUUUUGAUCACUAUUGGAGAGGCAGUCGCGUACGUUCUGUCCGGCAUGUAUGGCGAUGUUCGUGAUCUCGGUGCUGGAAACGCAAUUCUGAUUAUCAUCCAGCUGUUCUUCGCCGGAAUUAUUGUUAUCUGUCUGGAUGAGUUGUUACAGAAGGGUUAUGGGCUUGGGUCAGGAAUUUCUCUGUUCAUCGCCACGAAUAUCUGUGAAAACAUCAUCUGGAAGGCAUUUAGCCCAACUACUAUCAACAGUGGUCGUGGAGCUGAGUUCGAGGGCGCUGUUAUUGCUCUCUUCCACCUUCUUUUCACAAGGGCAGACAAGACAAGAGCUCUUAAGGAGGCAUUCUACCGACAGAAUCUUCCCAAUGUGACCAAUUUGUUGGCAACUGUCGUUGUUUUCCUCAUUGUCAUCUACUUCCAAGGAUUCAGGGUGGUUCUUCCAGUACGCUCCAAGAGUGCCCGCGGUCAACAAGGAUCUUACCCUAUUAAGUUGUUCUACACCUCCAACAUGCCCAUCAUUCUCCAGAGCGCCCUUGUCUCCAACUUGUACUUCAUUUCACAGCUAUUGUUCAAGAGAUACAGCAACAAUUUCGUUGUGAAUCUUCUUGGAAAGUGGAAGGAGUCUGAGUACUCGUCGAGUGGUCAGCUCAUCCCAGUUGGAGGACUUGUCUACUACAUCAGUCCCCCAACAAGCCUUGGAGAUAUCGUUGCCAACCCUUUCCACGCCAUUUUCUACUUGACUUUCAUGCUCACUGCUUGUGCUCUCUUCUCCAAGACCUGGAUCGAAGUGUCAGGAUCGUCUGCACGAGACGUUGCCAAGCAGCUCAAGGAGCAACAAAUGUUCAUGCCAGGGCACCGUGAAUCUAACCUCCAGAGGGAGUUGAAUCGGUACAUUCCCACUGCAGCUGCCUUUGGAGGUAUCUGUAUUGGAGCUUUGACCGUUGUCGCGGACUUCAUGGGCGCAAUUGGAUCGGGAACCGGAAUCCUUCUUGCCGUCACGAUUAUUUACCAAUACUUCGAAACUUUUGACAAGGAGCGUGCCAGUGAACUUGGAUUCUUCGGCUUUUAAAUUCUCACACUCGUCAAAGAGAUAUUUAUCAUAGUGGUCCUAGGUUACCGAGUAGCUUGCUUUAUUGGUUUCUCCUCUCCCAUUAGGAGAACCUGAGAGGGUCAUGUAUUGAGUUACAGUUGUGUCCAAAGAGGGAAAGCUCGAGGGCUGUGGAAAAGCAUACAGUACGAGAGUGGUACACUUCUGCUAGCCGUUCUGCCAAAUUUUGCAGUUGGUUUACGCAUAGUGAUCAUACCUGAUCCUAUCUUUUGCCCCUACGAUUUGGUAGCCAAACCUUCAUCAGUUGCAUUUGCCAACUCUUCUGUGAGUUUAGGGCAAUUUUGUAAAUCAAAGCUGGCCUCACAUAGUGUGAAACAUUGUUUUUUUAAGCAGGAAUUCCACUCGUUGUCAUCACA